CCGCGGUGGCCCUUGCCCCUGGAUUCUGGGAUUGUACCAUGUCCAUUGUUUCUCCAUGGGGUUGGUCUACAACUUUCUCCAGUUUUCCAAUGGAGCCUAUUGUUGCUUCUGCUGAAGAACGAAAGGUCCUGACGGGAUGCUGGUCUGCAGGCCCUGGCCUUCCGACUGAGACAUUUCAAGACCAAAUCUACUCCAAGCAGUCGGUUUUUCAUUAAUGUUCCCAAUAAUGGCGGUCAAGGCCAUGGCGGAAGAACCCCUCCAUGCAAUUAUUAGCAGAUCUUUAUGAUACUUUUAAUAAUAUAUAAGGGACGCUCGACACUGCCUGCAACCAUUUCCUUCCCGCCUCACUUUAGCAUACACUUACUUCAAUCCCCCUACCUGCCUACUCGCAUACGAUUGCAGUCCCGCAAAUUUUGUCAACUCUCGUCUUUUGUUCUGAUUUCUGGCAUUGCCUUCAUCAUGUCAUCAUCUCGUGCUCAGGCCAAGAGCACCAGCACCUCUUCGAGGACGUUCAAGCCAAAGGCAUCAGAGGUCGCUCACGAGACAAAAAAGAGCAUCAUUCCGAGAAUUCAGACCCAUUACGCUGAUAAAUGGGGAACUUGGUCUUAUUACUUUCAGGAUCCGCUGGCACAGGUCUCUGUGGAGCCAGAUCCUCAUGCCAACCCGACAAACUUUAGCGUCUACGUUGAUGAUCCAGUCAACUACGCCCUUCACUGGCUGUCACACUCAGAACCAGGCGCUCCGGUUGCUUUCAUCUGCGCUGCGAACGAAAAACGCCCAGGUGGUGACUGGGUUACCGGGGUCGUGGGAUACGAGGAGAGGCUUUGUCGAAGAAGCACUCUCUCUGCCACACUUUCUACUGCAGGCCCAGGAUCUCAUACGAAAGAUGCAUAUCCCAUAUCUUCUGUCGGUGGGAUAUUUUCGCCUCAAGUCGUCAUAUUCCGCUCCGAGACAGACCGGUCCGAGCCGCUCAUGGAGGAGCAAUGGCAGGAUAUACCAGUGUGCUCGGUACCACCAGUGCGGUGGCCCAAGGUCAACAUGACAUCUGGAGUUCUGCAAUACUCAUUUGCCGAUGAGCGUGAUCUGAUGCGAGAGAAGAUAACCGGGGCUCUGGCAAUUUGUUACUCCAGAGGAAUAACCAACAUUGUUGUGGGAGACUUUGGAUUGGGCAAUGGGCAUCGCAACCCACCAUCAGAGGUCGCUCAGCUGUGGUGGGAGGUUACUUCUAGUGGCCCGCUUCAGGGGCGUAUCCACAACAUUGCCUUCAUAUUCGAGGACGCACGCCAAAGCACGAGGUCGCUCAUUCUCGAAGAUCUCGCCAAGAAACACCGCAAAAAUGGCGGCAUAAUCCCCUUGGCACUGGCAAACGCCUUAAGAGAACCCCCAGUUUCAGACUACGACGAGUUUCUCAACAUGUUCGGCCACUAAUGCGAGGGAACGAAGGGUCUGGAUCUGCCAAGCACCGACGGCUUUUUGGUAAAGGCAAGAGGGGGUUUCAUUCAAAUCUGGAACUUAAUCGCCAAGGGAUGCCGAGCUGCAUAACAUACAAGGGUGGUUGGGUUGAUUGGUUACAGUAUAUUCAGAAUCUCGAGUCUCGCAAGAGAUCACAGGAGGAAGUCGUCUCUAAUUAUUUUUUACUGAUUUGCUAUUGGGUUUUAUUGCAGGCAUUCUGCAUAUACGGCGAUGGGAAAGACUACUCUGCUUGAAGACUAUCUUUUUUUUUUUUGCUUGUGCGCGGUGGCUUAUUUUGCGCCCCGGAGUAUUAUGUUUUAUUUUGGAACGGUUAUUGGCAUAGGGCUGGGUUUCUAUCCUUCAUCAGUUGGGGCUUUGUUUAUGUGGCUUGCUCAAAAGAAUUUCAUGCUCUUGUCUAAAUAAAUGUUAUAUUUGUUCUCUAC